AUUUUGCAAAUACCUACUAAUCAAACAACUAUUUUACUGAUAAUUAUUGGAUUAUUAUAAUCACAAUAAAGCACCAAGAUGGGUCAUAAUAUGAACGAACAAAUCACCAGCGUACAGGCCUUGAUGCAUUUAUUAAAGGCCUACGUGGGCACCGGUAUACUGGCUAUGCCAAAAGCUUUUAGUUAUUCCGGUUAUGUAUUGGGAGCUAUCGGUACACCAAUUAUCGGUGUUUUGUGCAACAGUUGUAUUCAUAUGUUAUGUGAUGUCAACCAACACCUGUCCUCACAAUUAAAAUGCGAGCCAAUGGACUACGAGGAGUUGACCAAGACAUGUAUAGAAUGUGGACCCCGUUGGGUACAUAAAUUUGCUAGUUUCGCAAAAUAUCUAAUCAUUGUCCUGCUCAUAUUUACUCAACUGGGCUUUUGUUGUAGUUAUUGCCUAUUUAUGUCCGAGAAUAUGCGCCAGUUUUUAGUCAAUAUGGACCCAACCCUACCCAACGUGUCGAUCAUACGAGUGCUGACCAUAGCCUCCGGGUGCGCAAACGUUGUCCAAUUAGCAUGUUUUGGUAUUAUUAUAUACAAUUUGGUCAAGAAUGUGACCCCGGCUAAAAAUGUGGAGCUU